AUGUUCAAAGGAAGUUGUCGAACCCCACCAUCUCCUUACUGUAAAAUCCUUCCAAAAUCUUGCAUUCUGAAAGAAAAGAAAGCAGAAAAGCUGGUGAAAAAAAAUGCUGGAUACCCACCAGUUAUUUACCUGACAACAUCAAAAUACCAUAUAUCCAAUUAUUUUUACUAUGAUGAUAUUCUCAAAUAUGGUUCAUGGGAGAAUCCUGAAGAAAAAGAUAUAGACAUAGAUCGCGGACUUACCAUAUAUAAAAUCAAGGUAGAAACAGAGAUUUCGGAAGAAUAUAAAAAUUCUUAUAAUAUGGCUUUAGAAGAAUACUUUAAGAAGAUUCAUGCAAUAAUUAAUGCAUCUUAUAGGAAGUACCAAAGAGAUCUACCUGAAUUGAAAGAUUAUGAAAUGAAAAUGGAAACAGAGCUCUAUCGGGUACCAAAAUAUGUUUCAAUCUGUCAUAAAAGUCUCUAUGCCAAGUUCCUUAAUUCAUGUUUUGGCAGAUUCCUUUAUACAAUUUUAUUUUUAUUCGGAUUUUCCAUAAUCUUUGAUGAUAUCUUCUUCAUUAUUGCCAAGUACGAAAAGAUUAAAGUCAAAAGGAAAAUUUUCCAUGAUGGAUCAUUAAAAUGCCAACCUUACAGAGCAAAUCCGCAAUACUUUGAUAAGGAAUGCGAUCCAAAAGCAAUAAAUUAUUAUUUUUCAAAUGAUAAUAGCCCUGAAUUCUAUCAACUUCUUGAUGAAGAAUUGAAAAAGUGUGAUUGCACGGGCUAUUAUGCAUAUUUCCCACCACCAUCUAUAGAAUGGGAAAAUCCAGAAGGGAAACUAAUCAAUGAACCUGGAUAUGAACCUCAUGGAGAUUUUGAUCAGUUACAACCAUAA